AUGAGCGAGAAACGGAUCUUUGAGAUGAUCAACGCAUCCAGACAUCCGUUCCUGGUGAACCUCCACGGCUGCUUCCAGACCAGCGACCACGUCUGCUUCGUCAUGGAGUAUUUACCCGGCGGCGACCUCAUGAUCCACAUCCACAACAACGUCUUCACCGAGGCCCAGACCAGGUUUUACUCAGCUUGUGUUCUGCUGGGUUUAGAGUUCCUGCAUCUGAAUAAAAUCAUCUAUCGAGAUCUGAAGCUGGACAACCUGCUGAUGGAUGCAGACGGGUUUGUGAAAAUCACAGACUUUGGACUUUGUAAAGAAGGGAUGGGUCACGGAGAUCGGACCUCGACUUUCUGCGGGACCCCUGAGUUUUUGGCCCCUGAGGUCCUGACAGACGACAACUACACCCGAGCGGUGGACUGGUGGGGGAUGGGCGUCCUCAUCUUCGAGAUGCUCGUAGGCGAGUCUCCUUUUCCUGGUGAGGAUGAGGAGGAGGUGUUUGACAGCAUCGUCAACGAUGACGUGCAGUAUCCCAGCUGUCUUCCUCCUGACGCCGUCGCAAUCAUCCAGAAGCUGUUGAAGAAAAAUCCUCUGAAAAGAAUCGGAGCCGGAGAGAGGGACGCAAACGAGGUCAAAGGAGAGAAAUUCUUUGAGACCAUCGACUGGGAAGCCCUUCUGGCCAAGAAAGUGAAACCUCCGUUCCUGCCGUCAAUCAAAGAGUCGAUGGACGUCAGCAACUUCGACAGCGAGUUUACUCGACUUCAGCCGAUCUUGUCGCCUCCCUCCAAACCCUUCAUCCUCUCUGCGGAGCAGCAGGAGGCCUUCGCAGACUUCGACUUCUGCGCCCUGCACGGAUGAAGGACGAGCUGAAAAGACCAGGGUGGGAAAAAUUAUUACAUUUAUUUAUUGC